AGGGGCGACUUGCGGGCCUAUUCGAGGUUGUGUGCGGUUUCAGUAGUGGGCAGUAUCCCUGGCAGCUAGGAGACUGCGACCAUGGCUCUGUGGUUCAGCGUAGCUGUCAUCCUGGUUGCGCUGACACUUUUCAUUCGGUGGCGCAAGAAGAAGUUCUCGUAUUUCAAGGAACUGGGCAUUCCAGGACCAGAGCCCAAUCUCCUGUGGGGGAAUCUCUGGGAGUACCAUUCCUUGGGGCUGCACAAGGCAUUGGAUAAGUGGUGCAGGGAAUACGGCGACAUCUGCGGGUUCUACAAUGGCGACGUCCCAUUUCUGCUCAUCAAGGACCUGGAUUUCCUCGAGUACGCCUACAUCAAAAACUUCCAGAAUUUCACAGCCCGUGGGGUUACGAUGCGAACCGAUCAGCAGCAUCCUGUCGUCGGCCAGAUGGUGAUUCAUGUGCGUGGAGACAAGUGGAGGAGAAUGCGCAGCUGCGUCACAUCCGGUUUUACGACCAGCAAGCUGAAACAGAUGGUCCCGCACAUCGCCGAGUCAGCGGAAGUGUUCAUGGACAUGGUCGAGCCAUACGCCGGCACCGAGGAGGAGGUGAACCUGCGUCUGCAGUUCCAAGCACUUUCUAUGGACUACAUCGGCCAGGCAGCCUUCGGAAUCGAGACGUGUUUCCAGCGUGAGCUAGACGACGUCUUCUUCACGACAGCUCGCCGAGUGUUGCCAGGAGUGAUGACGGGACCUGCCCACAUGAUUGCACAAAGCACGACAACGUUGGGAAAAGCAAUGAAACCUUUCUACUGGUUCCUCGGUCAAUUCGGCUCUCUUACCUUUAAAGUGUUCUCGAAGGAGACCACCAAGAUGAUCGAAAUGCGCAAGGCUCAUCCUGAGCUUCGGAAGCCAGACAUCCUCCAAAAUUUGUUAGACGCUGAACUUGAGGACGAAGCACUGAGCGAAGCUGUGACCAAGAGCGGGCCGCAGCAAACUGCUGAUCACAUGAAAAAGAGGGUUCGGGCACUUUCACCGAGGGAAGUCAUCAUGAAUGCCACCUUGCUCUUCAUGGGAGGGUUCGAAACGACGUCGAUUGCCAUGUGUUACCUCACUUUCCUGCUCGCCAAACACCAGGACGUUCAAGAUAGGCUAAGGGAAGAAGUGAAAGAGGCUGUGAGCCAAUCGGGUACACUGGACUACGAGAUGCUUACAAAGAAGCUGAAGUACCUCAUCCAAGUCGUGGAGGAAGGGCUCAGGCUGUACCCACCUGCGGUGGUCGCAACAUCGCGGCAAGCUGAAGAAGACUUCGAGUGGAACGGCAUGAAGUUCAAGGCAGGCACAUGCAUUAUGUCUCCAACGUACCAGCUGCACAGGGAUCCCCGCUAUUGGGUUGAUCCAGACACCUUCGAUCCUGAGAGGUUCAGCCCAGAGAAUGAAUCUUCCAUCCACAAGAUGGCCUUUCAACCCUUCGGCGUGGGGCCGCGGCACUGCGUGGGUUUUCAGAUGGCCCGCUUGGAGUUACGCUACACACUCGCCAGACUUGUCCAGCGCUACCGCGUAGAACUUGGUGAAUCUCAGAAGGGCGAAAUGAGAAUGGGUGGCUACGCCAUGAUUUCUGCACCAGAAAACGGACCCUGGCUCAAGUUCUACAAGUUGUGAAAAGGACAACCAGCAGUUUAGAAGUGUUUUAUGUAAAGAGACAAAUGUAUCAUAACAAUACAAACACGUAUCAUUUAACAGAA